AUGAAUCCAAACAAUACCCCAUCUUCAAACCAAAAUCCAAAUUCUCAAAAUCUAAACCCCCAAUUUCCAUAUCCAUAUCCAAAUUCAUAUUUUUCAAACCCACAAAAUUUUACCUUUAAUUCUCAAAAUCCAAAUUCUCAAUAUCAAUUUCCACAUUCUCAAAAUUCUCAAUUUCCAUUUUCAUAUCCUCAAAAUUCUCCAUACCAAUUUCCUUUUCCUCCAUUUUCAAAUCCACAAUUUGAAACACAACAAACACCUAUCAAUAUUCAAAAUUCUCCGGAAACACAAGUUCCGGCCUUUGGUCAUGAAAAUAUUAUUGAUUUAAAUGAUGAUUGUGAAGAAGCCGAAGAGACACGAGAAACGGUUGGUCAGUGGAAGUGGGUUGAAGAUAAACUCUUAAUAAGUGCAUGGUUGAAUGUGUCAAUUGAUCCACUAAUCGCAACUGAUCAAAAAGCAGAAGCAUUUUGGGACCGAAUCCGUCAAUAUUGUGAAGAAGAUAAUCCCGGUGUCAUUAAGAGAGGAGUUAUGGCAAUGAAAAAAAGGUGGCAACGAAUAAAUGAAGGUGCUCAAAAAUUUGGAUCGUGUCAUGAUGAGGCUCAACGACUAGUCGGGAGCGGUUCAAACUUGGACGACAUAAUUGAGAAAGCUCAUGCACUUCAUUUAAAAUAUUACAAGAAGAAGUCUAACUUUAACAAUCAUUGGCGUACAAAAGCAGCCAAAAGGAAAGGAAAGGGAAAUGCAACAGCUGCCGAAGUUGAAGAAUAUGAAGCUUUCGAAGCUAAUGACUUGAGGAAAAUAACUAUAAUGGAAACUGUGAAUGAAAUUCGUCAAAAAGAUAUUGAGACGCGACAAAGGGAGCUUGAGGCGAAGCAAGCUGAAAUGGAUUUACAAGUCGUUUUGGCAAUACUGGAAAAAUGA